AGCACUUUCGGUAUUCGGCCGAAUAAGUAAAAAGGCCGAAUAAAUUUUGCCGAACAAUGACGUUUUUAAUGACGCGAUCAAAUAGUAACCCGCGUAGAGUGAGAGGCGCGCGCUUUAUGCAGCAAACAUGUCAGCAGUGUGGAAGCACUUUAAAGUGUCAGAGAAAGAGGCAAAAACGGCCGUUUGCAGACACUGUUCUGCUGAAUUGUCCAGAGGGGGUGCAUCUGCAAAAACGUACAGCACUUCAAGUUUAAUUUAUCACUUAAAAUCAAGACACCCCGAACAUCAUGCAGAGUACGAGAAAGACACGGCGGCGGCUACUCAGAACCCCUGUACUGCAUCGCUACUGUGCUUGAUCCACGAUAUAAAGAUCAUUACUUGGAUGUGGGGAAAAAGCUGCGCACACGAGAAAUGAUCCAGGCCGAGUUGGAUUUGGGAAAGCCGCUAGGUGAUGGAGACGCUCAGGUGAUGCACAGCGCAGGAGAUGAAAACAGCGCAGAGAGUAAACGCGCUCGUACUACAGAUGAGCCGCGCACAGUCUCGCUGUCUGACAUGUUCGAUGAGAUCCUCCAAGAAAAUAACCCAUUUGCAAGACAGAGGACAAGCUCAACCGCUCAACAGUUAGAUGGUUAUCUCUCAGAAGUCCCCAUCCCGAGGAGCAAUAACCCUCUCGAAUUUUGGAGGACCAAUCAAGGCCGCUUUCCCGACCUGGCGCAGAUGGCACGCAGGUACUUGUCUGCUCCAUGCACAAGCACCGACAGCGAGAGACUGUUUAGUGCUGCAUCUCAUGUCAUCGAUGAGAAGAGGAACCGACUUUCAUGUGAGAAAGCAGAGAAGCUAUUUUUCAUAAAGAAGAACCUGCCACUUUUCCUGAAGAAGUAG